AUGUUGUUGUCAAAAAUUACUACAUUAUUAGCUGCUACGAUUGCGUUAAUUAGUGUUAUAGCAUCAUCUGUUAGCGCAUCUCCUACUAACGAAAUUGCUGAUGACUCUCCGCAUCCUGAAUUUCUUAAUAAAAGAGAUAUUAUCGAUCAAGAAGAAAGGAAAGUUAAAAGAGGUUCCGGUAAUAGUCGUGGUAAAGGUAAUGGUUAUCAUCAAGGACAAAGCAAAGGACGUGUAUGA